CACAAAGAUUGGCGUCAGUUUCGUUUUUUGUUUUAUUGCAAGUCCGGGGGAGAUGCAAAUGAAUUUAAAGGCAGUCUAGAUGAAAACAAAGAACUGACAGCACAGAAGGUGGCCGAGGUGAAGGAGGCCGAAGCAGCAUUACGGCUUAAAUUAGGAAGCAUUGGGAACAUAGUGCAUGAUUCUGUUCUGGUUGACAAUAAUGAGGUCAAUAAUGUUGUUAUAGGAGAGAAGAGGAUGGAGCCAAAGCUGAAGAAUCAUGUCGAGCUUGUUAAACUUCUUGGAAUUGCAGAUUUGGAGAAAGGUGCAAAUGUUGCGGGCCAUUUGUAUGGCUUAAACUUCAACUUUGGUCUUUAUUUUUUGGAGAAUAGGGGAUACCCUUUGUUGGAGCCUCCUUUCUUCAUGCGGAAAGGUAUUAUGGAAAAGUCUGCCCAGUUGGCCGAAUUUGAUGAUCAGCUUUACAAGGGCAAGUCUGAAGAGUACGUCCACAUGUUAAACUCGACCUCGACAGCAAUUCAGCGGACCAUGUGCGCCAUCCUUGAGAACAACCAGAAGGAGGACGAGGUUGAGAUACCAGAGGCUCUUCGACCAUUCAUGUGUGGGAAAUCCUUCAUCAUGUCUAGGAAAACUGCACUUCCAUCCAUUCUUAGUUAAGUUAUGCAAAAACUAGCUCUGCUGUUGAUACACUCAGCGCUCUACAACCUUUGUUUUUUUUGUCUUGGCUCCUCUUUGAUGCUUUUUUGGAGACUAAUUAAUAGUUAAGCUCACACGUGAAUAGUUAAUGGGAAGGCAAAUAUUUUGGAAA